CCGCGUGCGUCGCCACUUGCGGCGAGGGCGGCGAGGUGCAACUCGAGCCGCUGCUCUCCGCCUUCGCCUCUCUCCGGCGGCUCGGCGAGGCCAUCGGCCCGCUGAUGGCCCUCUCCGUCAAGAACGACGAGUCCAACGUCGCAAAGGUGCGCAAGGUGUGGGCGCGGCUCGCGGAGCAGCAGCCCGGCAGGGUGAGCACGGUGCGGCAGCUGCUCGAGUCAGAGCGCGAGGCGGGGAUCCACAAGCCGGGCGCUGUCCUCGCCGACCCGUCCGCAGCGAUGGCGCUGCUCUGGAUGCGGAGGACGAUCCAGUACUAUGUCGGGGUGAUGCAGGGGGUGUGCGACACGAGCGCGUCGCUCUCGUCCAAGUGUCGCACCGCCUACGGCGCCAUCCUCGAGCCCUUCCACGGCUGGCUGCUCAAAAACACAUUCUCGAUGGCCCUCGCAGCGGUGCCGUCGAGGGACGAGUUUGUCGCGCGCCUGUCGCCCAACCACCUCUCCUCGAAGGCGGUGCGGCGCAGCGCUUGCUUCAGCGACAUCCGCGUGGCCAUCCCGCUGAUGGAGCAGGUGGUCGCGCAGCUGCGCGCGCUCUUCGCCGAGCUCGACCUCGAAGACACGCGCAAGUCAUGACGCGUGUGCCCCCAAACCAUACGUAGCUGCUGGAGACCUCUCUUAAAGAUUAAAAAAAGAGCGGAC